AUGGCCAGCCAGUUCUGCCUCCCGCUCGCCCCGCGCCUCUCGCCCCUGAGACCCGUGAAGCCACACUUCGGAGACAUCCGAGUGGGCAUCUGCGUGGCGAUCAAGCGCAGUGACGGGCGGAUCCACCUUGCUAUGGUCACAGAGAUAAAGAGAGAAAACGCUUUGGUCACAGUAGAGUGGAUCGAGAAAGGAAUCAAAAAAGGAAAGAAGAUUGAUCUAGAGACCAUAUUCCUGCUGAAUCCAGCGCUGGCCUCGUCUGAACACCCAAAGCAGUCCAGGCCGUUGUCCCCCUUUUCUCUAGCACCAUCUGCCAUUGGAGACCGGCGUAUGGCCACGCGGUGGAUGACAAUGAGUCCCAGGAAAAACGAAACACCCUCAGGGGACAGCCCGUCCGUGGGGGUUCCCAGCCACCCUUGCAUUAUGAAGUGGAAAAAGUCAGCCUGUUUACGCGAAAUUGAGAAACUGGAGAAGCAGAGGGAGAAGCGCAGGCAGCAGCAGCUGGAGAUUCGAGCACGACGCGCCCUUGACGUCAACAGGGGAAACCCCAACUAUGAACUCGUGCGCAUGAUCGAUGAGUACCGCAGGCACCUGGACAGUAGCAAGAUGUCUGGCUUGGAGCCCCUGGAAGACCAUCGGAUCUGCGUCUGCGUGAGGAAACGACCUCUCAACCAGCGAGAGACCACCAUGAAGGACCUGGAUAUCAUCACCAUCCCCUCGGAUAACGUGGUCAUGGUGCACGAAUCCAAGCAGAAGUUGGACCUCACCCGCUACCUGGAGAACCAGACCUUCUGCUUUGACCAUGCCUUUGAUGACACUGCCUCCAACGAGUUAGUGUACCAGUUCACUGCCCAGCCGCUGGUGGAGUCCAUCUUCCGCAAGGGCAUGGCCACCUGCUUUGCCUAUGGGCAGACAGGCAGCGGGAAAACGCACACCAUGGGUGGAGACUUUUCAGGCAGGGCCCAGGAUUGCUCUAAAGGUAUCUAUGCCCUGGUAGCUCAGGAUGUCUUCUUUCUGCUCAAAAACCCCAUUUAUGAGACGCUUGACCUCAAGGUCUAUGGGACAUUUUUUGAGAUAUAUGGGGGCAAGGUGUAUGAUUUGUUGAACUGGAAGAAGAAACUGCAAGUUCUUGAGGAUGGCAAUCAGCAAAUCCAGGUGGUCGGGCUGCAGGAACAGGAGGUGUGCUGUGUGGAGGACGUGCUGAACCUCGUGGAAACUGGGAACAGCUGCCGGACUUCCGGACAGACAUCUGUCAAUGCCCACUCUUCCAGGAGCCACGCGGUGUUCCAGAUCAUCCUGAAGUCAAGAGGAAAACUGCAUGGCAAGUUUUCCCUCAUUGAUUUGGCUGGGAACGAAAGGGGAGCAGAUACUGCCAAAGCCAACAGAAAGAGGCAGCUGGAAGGGGCCGAGAUUAACAAGAGUCUCCUUGCCCUUAAGGAAUGUAUCCGAGCUUUGGGUCAGAAUAAGGUUCAUACCCCAUUCAGAGCCAGCAAACUCACACAGGUACUCCGGGAUUCCUUUAUAGGCCAGAACUCCUCGACUUGCAUGAUUGCUACUAUCUCUCCAGGAAUGACCUCUUGUGAAAACACCCUCAACACUUUAAGAUAUGCAAACAGAGUAAAAGAAUUAACUCUAGAUGUCGGACCUCCCCAUGGUUGCCUCUAUCCGGGUGAACAUGAGGCACCAAGGAUGUUACAAAACCACAUUAGGAAUUCAGAAAUGUCCCUUCACAGGAAUGAACUUAUUAAAAUGCCUUGUGCACAGAGUGAGGAGGGGCAAGAGAUUAAAGAAGUAGUUGAAACAUUAUCGACUUCAUCAACAGAGAAUACAGUGACCUCAUGGAAGGAGUCCAGCCAAUGGCUGGGGAACAUUCCAGAGACAGCUGAUGGGGUAAACAAUGAUGUAGAUUUUUGCAUUGCCCAGUUAUUGUCUAUUUUGGAUGAGAAAAUCUGUGUUUUGACUGAGAUCCAAAAGAAACUGAAAUUAUUACGAGCUGACCUCCAAAAGAAGAGCAAGGUAGAGUGA